AUGUUACAGCCAGGAAGAGUUGGACCAUUUACGGGUGGUCCGUUUGGCGGACCGCCAUUGGGACAUCAUCCUCAAGAUGUAUACCGACCAGCGGGUCCAUAUUCCGCACCGGACAGAGGUCAGAUCGAAAGCUUUCCGUAUCAGAAUCCCACCACACCUUUGGCGCCAGGCUAUACGGAGAAUCGACAAAACAUGGCAACUCAAUACCCACAGCAAGAUACCGUAUCUCCUCAAGGAUACCAACAAGGUUAUCAAACAUACCCGCCGCAAGUACAACGAGAAUUCCAACCCCCUGGAUAUCCACCGCCGGGAUAUCCACAAGCAUAUCCACAGCAAGGAUAUCCACAACAAGGGUAUCCUUAUCAACAAUAUCCACCACCUCAACCACCAAGUAUGGCUCAGACGACGUUCUGUGCAGCAUGCAUGGCCUGUCUCACUUGUUUGAUGUGCUCGUGCUGUCAGGGUCUGAUGGGAGUCCCCGGAGAUGAUAGCAUGGCUGAAAAUGACAGCAACCCUACUGGCGCUCAGCCCCAGGUCUCGCCGCCAGGCCCAAUCGGGGAAUGA